AUGCCGCAUCUGCCGGACGACCUCGUGGAGGAGGUCUUCCUCCGCUUCCCGCCGGACGAGCCCGCGACGCUCCUGCGGGCCUCCCUCGCCACCGAUCUAUUCACCAGCCCCGCCUUCCGACAAAGCUACCGCGAGUUCCAUGGCGCUCCCCCCAUGAUGGGCUUCUUCUUCGAGCGGCCCAGCUGCCUCAGAGGCGAGGAAGAAGACCCGCCCCUAUGCUUCAUAUCAACCGCCAAGUUCAGCGCGUGCGUUCCACUCUUCCUCUCGUGCCGUACUUCUUCUUUUGGUGCGUUGGACUGCCGGCAUGGCCGGGUUCUCCUCAUGGACCACUCUGGUCCUGAGAAGCUCGUCGUUUGGGACCCCAUGACGGGCAGCACUCGGGAGCUGAUGGGCCCCAACAAAAACUUCGAUAUCAGCCAGGCCGCGGUGCUCUGCGCCAUGAACGGCUGCGACCACCGCGCCUGUCACGGUGACCCCUUCAAGAUCGUCUGCUUCACCAUGGACAGGGAAGAGGAUCGUCGUGCUGUCCUCGUCAACGACGCACUUUACGUUCUGCUUGUUGACGUAGAAGGAAUUCUGAAGUACAGCUUGAGCUCUUAUGCUUUAUCAUGCAUUGAUGCGUCGGAUGAUGAGUUUGCCUUUUCUCCUGACGUUAUCCUCAUGGCAAUGGAGGAUGGCACUUUGGGCUUUGCAAGUGUGGACAGCAUAUUAACCCUCCACAUGUGGUCGAGACAGAUAGAUUCCGAAGGAGGAGUUGCAUCAUGGACUCGUGGUAGAGUCGUGGAUCUCAAGAAUCAUCUCCCUCUUGAAAUGCCCAAGAGAGGACUUACACUGCUUGGAUCUGUGGAGGGCAGUGAUAUCAUUUUCGUGAACACAGAACUUGACGUCUGCGAGAUUGAUCUCAAGACACUAGAUUGGAAGGUGCGACUGAAGGGAGACUUCUUCAGUGCAUUGAUUCCGUACAUGAGUUUCUACUAUCCUCCAGAAAGGAAGGCCAAAUCCUGUCACAAGAAGGAUGUUGGCCAUGGCAUUGGCUGA